AUGAAUUUAAAAAUAUUCCUCCUACUAUUCUUAACAAAAGAUCUCGAAACUACGGAAAUAAAGCACAACGCGGUUGACAUAAAAAAGUCUCUGGAAGAACACCAAGGUCAAAUUUUAAUCAACAAGAGUAAGGCGAAAAAUAUUCACCUCAAGAUCGCGAACGUAACGAAAGUGAAAAUUAAACCGACGACUUCGAAGAAAACCCAGGAUAGACCACGGCUUAUAAGUCGUGAACAAAUGAAAGAAUGGGCUCUUGAAAUUCAAACACACCUUUUAGAAAUAGAACAGAAGGUGGUACGUAGAGAUGUUCUUGCGAGUAGUUUUUCUGAUAUCAAAGUAGAAUUAAGAAAUGGCUCAGCGAUUUUAGAAAAGGCAUCGAAGGCUCUAGAAGAUCUGUUAGAUAGACGAGGCAAAGCCGCGGAGACAAUAAUGAAACGAGCCGAAGAACUAUCAACGUAUGUAUUGGAAAAUAAAAUAUAUCCUCCAGUGCGGUAUACUUUCGACGACAGUGUUGAUUUGGACGUAUUGAAGCAAGCAGUACCGCCAGAAACCAUGUGGGAAUUACCAUCUUCGUGCAGAAGUCAUGACAAAGUCAAGCUGCAAAGAAGUGAACAUUUUAAUGCGCAAGUUACCUUGGACACAAGUAGCGUACACGUAGUAGCAGAAGUGUUUGCGUGUGAUACCAGAGUGUUACCACACAUUUAUUGGUCAGAGAAACUGCUCGCCACUUUUCGCGAGAAUUAUGCCGAAGAUGCCACAAUCGAUUUUCAAUACUUAUGUGGUGCUAAAGGGUUCCUACGACACUAUCCCGGUGCACUAUGGCAAAGUCUAUACAACUUGAAUGUGGAGGCCGAAGACGUUUAUGAUUGUCGGCUGCGACCCUGGUACGUGAGCGCUAGUGGUGCGCCUAGGGAUGUGCUGAUAUUGUUGGAUGCUUCAGGCUCUAUGGACAAUUCGUCCAAUCAGGUUACCGCGGAACUUUUUACAUCGACGCUACUGAAUGCUCUGACGGACGACGAUCAAGUGAAUGUUCUACGAUUCAAUGUUAUUGUACAAUCUACUAUUAGCUGUUUUAAUGAUAAACUUGUACCGGCUAAUCACGUAAAUUCGGCAGCAAUGAUGGCAGCUCUCAAGCGGCAAGCGAUGGUAAACGAAUCUUUGAUUGGGGAUGUUUUGACAUAUUCCGUACAAUUACUGAAAAAUCAAAAGAAGCUUGAUCGGCCCCAAGCCUGCCAGCAAGCCAUAGUUUUAGUUACUGAUAGCCUUUAUUACAACUACACAGAUUUGAUGCGACAGCUGGACCCAGAAGGUAAAAUCAGACUCUUCGUAAUGUGGCUGCAUGACCGGAAAGGUUUGAGGGACUACACACGUUUAUACGGCGAAUCUGUAAGUUGCGAACGAGACGGAUAUUUUGCGGAAUUCAUCUCGCCAUCAGAUGUGACAGAACAAGUGAUGAGAAUCCUCCGAGUCUUAGAGCGACCUCUAGUGGCCCAGCGAGAGAAACGUCUGAGGGUUUACAGCGAUGUGUAUGCGCAUAUUGAGGAUCCAAGACGGGGCGAGUUUUAUUGGCAACAAAAAGAACAAGCGGAGCAAGAAUAUCGCUACACCCGACUGAGACGUAAUAAACAAAAAUUCCUGAAUAACAUUUACAAGGAUGAUUUACAUAUGAACAAUCUGGACAAACGCGGCCAAUACUAUGAGGGAGAAGAUGUGAACUACCGAUUGCAAAUCAGUGUUUCUGUACCAGUCUUUGAAAGUACUACUAUAGAGGAGAACCAACGGAACGCCACUAGGACGUAUCCUGUUAAUCGUCUUCUUGGUGUUGCGGGUGUAGAUAUACCUCUAGAUCACUUGAAACUUGUACUUCCGUUUUACUUGAUAGGGGCAAGCGGAUCUCUUUUUUUGGUGGAUCACCGCGGAAAUAUAGUACUUCACAACAGUACAAAGCCUGUCUUUGACGGAGAUAUCUUGAAACCGGGUUAUCGAACUGUGGACUUCUUGGAUGUCGAGCAGUCGGCGAUUGAUCAUUACCCCAGACAUUAUCCGCAGGAAUGGGUUGAUUUUCGUAAAGCUCUUGUUAUUGACGAACCAAAGGGAUCGAGAGCGAUGUACGUGAAAAGCAUAUUCGAAGGCGGAAUGCGUGUGAUCCUGGAAGUGAAAGACUACUUCUGGCAACGAAUCCACAACCACUAUACACUCGUGGUCUCCUUGCCCAAAUAUAAUUUGCUUCACGCGGUGCCAGAUGGUAAUUUCACUCAACAAUUAGGCGAGGAAACCUUGAAAGCGCUAUCUGGGACGGAUUUUGCCGUCCAUCCUGAAUGGCUUUAUUGCAGACACGUUGAUCCCCAUUUCGACUCUCGAGAAUUGGAAGUACUGCACUUUCUUCGACGCCGCCGGGAUGAGCCAAACUUCAGUAUGCAAAAGGUGAAACACGUGUUUUCUCCGUUCCCACCUACGCUACUUGAAAAAACCUAUCAGUGUAAUGAGGAGUUAAUGGUACGAAUCAGUCAUGAAGCAAUUGCUUCUAGACAAUGGGCGCAAGAGCAUGAAGAUCCUGACACGGAAAGAGAGUGUUCCGCAUGUCUACUAGGAUCAAAUACAGCCUUUUUUGCAACAGAAAGCGGCUUAACCCGUUGGCAACUGUACCACGCGACAACUGCUCAUGCUGACCCCCCUGAAGGGUCCGUUUGGUCCCUGGGACCAGAUGAGUCUUGGUAUCGACGUGCCAGUGCCAAUCCUGAUACAUUAGUGAUCCACGCACCUAUACCGCCCGUGAGACUUCUCAGAAAUACUGACGCUAGUCCACCACCUCUUGGUGAACGUUGGCAGUGGUUAACGGCGGCACGAACCUUAGGGCAUCCAACCAAGCACGGAAUCAUCGGAGUGGCCGGAUAUCAUUUCCAUCCUAAACAUUUGGAUGAUCUUCUUGAGUCUAUAACCAAUUUCCCCUGUAAUGAAGAAGACGAAACGAAAUGUGACCCUCGCUGCGACGAUAAAGACUGGACUUGCCUCCUGGUGGACGAAGCUGGAUGGAUUGUGGCAGAUCAGGGUGAAGGCGAGGCGAUUAAUAAGCAUCUAUCAAGGGAACACCCAGUUGCUAUGAAUGCGUUAUUAAAUGCUGGCGUGUUCCGCGUUCGUUGGGUUCACGAUUACCAAGGAGUUUGCUUCCCACCUGAAGAUGAGACCAAAGCUGCUGCGACUAGAAUACCAUCAAUUACUAUAUCAUUGUGGAGUGCAGUGAUGGUUCUGGCAUUCGCUUCUCAGAACAUCUUAACCGUUUUAUUUGUGAUACCUGAUAGUGUAGUCAGUGCUGACACCGAAGCAGAGAAAGAGCUGCGUCGUGCACGAAUCAACCGCGAUUAUGAACGAGAGAAGUACGAGAGACUGUACGACUACCAGGUGCUGCUCAAUCGAACUAGGUUCGCUGCCUGCGAUCGUACAAGACCACUAUAUGAGUUACAGCGAAACAAAAAAUUGACGGAGGCGUUGAACAGGCCAGCGCAGCCUUGCGACUGGCCCCUUUUGAUAACCGAGGUGCAACAGACCAACCUUCUGUUGAUAGCAGUUUAUAAGAACUGCUCUUAUUCCGGCGAACCUCUCAAUGACUCCCUGAGUAACGAACCGGUGAAUAUGGAGCAAGACGACACGGUGAUCGGAUCGGCUAACCGUCUGGCUUGCUGGAGGAACCGUGUGCCUCUACCUGCCAGACGUCCUCCCACAACUUGCUAUCCACAUAAUUUUACCUACGAGGCUGGCUAUAGGCAGUGUGGACCGUGGCUACCCGACCCAGAAAACGAUGCAGUACGCGUACAUCUCUGCAAAGUACUUUUAUAUUGCCUUAUAACUUUACACAAUUUAGGAAUUGUAUACUCGUAA